AUGCCAACAGCAGCAGCAGCAACAGCAGCAGCAGCAGCCCAUCUUGCCUGCAGAAGAGCCUCUCUGUUGCUCUGUAAGAAAUGCUUCAAAACGCCUUUGCUGUCUUUUGUCUCUGACUGCAGCAGCGCCGUCAGCAGCAACUCAAUCUCCUCGCCCGAAAGCGGGUGGGCUAGCUGCAGCAGCAGCAGCGGCAACAGCAGCAAGGAUUGCGUUCACGGCCAAAAUGAGAGAAGCCGCAUAAAAACAGCUGCAGCGACCUGGACCCUUAAAUUGCUGCAGCAGCAGGGCGCAGUAGACACAGCAGUAGCAGCAACAGCAGCAGCCGCAAAAGCAGCAGCAACAGCAGCAAUACCUCCGGCGCCCGGAAGAGGUUUAGUGCAGCCACAACUCUGGGGCCGCUCAUGGCAGCAGCAGCCUGCUGCUUUAUUGUUGCAGAGUUGUCUGCAGCUUUCUCCUUCGCGCUUGCAGCCCUGCAGCAGCAGCAGCAGCAGCAGUAACAGCAAAACUACGCACAGCUGCAAAUGCUUCGCCCAUAUUCACUGGCGAACAAAACCGUGA